AGUAAACAAGUAAGAUGAUGCUCGUCUUAAAGCGGUACGACGUCACUUUUGCUUGACGAUUAUCGAAUCACAGUUUGUAUCAGUUAUCGACUGUAGAGACGACAUUACAAUAGCUAGAGUUCUCCAUUUCCUACAGGCUAGAGCAUAGCUAGUUCUGUAAGUUCAGCACAAGGAACUCCUCUAGGGUUUAAGGGACCCCGAUACUCGAACCCCUUUAUCUCCAAUCCUCAAAAAGUUUAGGGUUUAAGAAAUAGCUGAAGUCAAUAAUCUGAUGGAUAGGCACAGAGGAGGAGAGAGGUAUGUGAAUAGCAACAACAAUUCAGACCCAUUUCAUUAUAAGCAGCAGCACUCAAGAGGCGGUCCCCCAUCUUCUAGAACUAAUUUCUCUGAUGGUUCCAUGAACCCUCACCCUCAACAUCAUCGUCGAAGCCCUAAUGCAUAUCGUGGGCCCCACCGGCCCGCCUUCGAUAGCCCUCCUCGCUACCCUCCUACUGAUGCGGUUGCUGUUGGUACUGGUGGUGGUGGGGUUGAUUCUGAAAGGUUCCAUUCGAAUUACCAGAUGCCGCCACCGCCUCCUCCACUUUCGGGCCAAAAGCGGGGUUAUCCGUUUUCUUCCAAUACAAGUGGGUCUCCAGACGGAGUUGAUGAAGGUGGUUUUGCCAAACUUUUUGUGGGAUCUGUCCCAAGAGCAGCAGCUGAAGAAGAUAUUCGACCUUUGUUUGAGGAACAAGGACGAGUACUCGAGGUUGCUUUCAUCAGAGAUAAGAGAACGGGGCAACAACAAGGAUGUUGUUUUAUUAAGUAUGCUACUUCAGCUGAAGCUGAUAGAGCUAUAAGAGCAUUACACAAUCAAUAUACUUUGCCUGGGGGAAUUGGUCCUAUUCAAGUCAGAUAUGCGGAUGGUGAACGUGAACGCCUUGGUGCAGUUGAGUACAAGUUAUUUGUUGGGUCACUGAACAAACAAGCUACAGAGAAGGAAGUUGAAGAAAUAUUUUCGCCAUAUGGUCGUGUUGAAGAUGUCUAUCUCAUGCGUGAUGAUAUGAAGCAGAGUCGUGGUUGUGGAUUUGUCAAAUAUUCUCAUAAACAGAUGGCAAUGGCAGCUAUAAACUCUUUGAGUGGAAAAUAUACAAUGAGGGGGUGUGAUCAACCUUUAACUGUUCGGUUUGCUGACCCUAAGAGACCUAAACCUGGAGAACCUAGAGGUGGUGGACCAGCUUUUGGUGGACCUGGUUUUGGACCUCGCUUCCCAACCCCUGGAAUUAGACCGCCACCUAAUACUGGAGAGCCUUUGCAAGACCAAACAGGCCCUAAUGCCUGGCAUCCCAUGAGUCCAGAAAGUCUCAGACCAAUUUUCAACCAAGGGAUGCAUGGUUUUGGAAAUCAGUUUCCUCCUAGAACCACCGAUACCACAGCGCCUUCUUCAUUGGGUGGUUCCUUCGGGAGUGUUAGUGGCACUGGAAAUGGGUUUCUUACAGGACUUGCGGCUUCUUCUGCUCCUACACCGCAACUGCCUGCUAAACCAAUCCCCACUGGCGGCCCACAAAUUUCUCAACUACAGAAGCCACUUCAGUCACCCCAGCAUUUACCAUCUUCCGGGCAACUUCAGCCUCCAGCCUCAACACCUUUUUCACAGGGACCAACUUCUCAUGCUUUAUUCAGGCAGAUGAAUCAAGUACAAAUGUCCCAGUCUGCCAGUCAAAGUCCUUUCAGUCAGGGAAUGCCCUCGCAGCAGUCGCUUGGUUCGACUUGGCAAUCAACUGUUUCUCAGCCUCAGAUGCAGCGCAAUAUGUCGUCUGCAAUGGGACAUACACCUUUAAGUAAUAACAUGCAACUACAUGUUGCAUCUGCAAUCCCAAACCAGCAGCAGCCUGUGCCACAGCAUUUGGUCCAACAUCUUCAUCAGCCACCUUCCCAACUAGCACAAAUGUUGUCUAAACAGACGCAAAAUCUGCAGGCGAGCUUUCAAUCAUCACAGCAAACCUUUACUCAGCUACAGCAACAAUUGCAGCUCAUGCAACCAUCCAAUGAAAGCUCAGCAGUCCAGCAGGGCACACAAGAUGUUAAACAACAGUCUCCAUGGCAUGGACUUGUUCAACAAGCGGCACCUAGUUCCACAGCUGUCCAACCAAAAGCAGAUGUAGUUCCUGCUUCAUCUACUGCAUCUGGAGUGAACCAGAUUACAGGUCCGGUGAAAUGUAAUUGGACAGAGCACACAUCGCCUGAUGGAUUCAAGUACUAUUAUGACAGUAUUACAGGAGAAAGCAGGUGGGAAAAGCCGGAGGAGCUGAUAUCGUAUGAACAGCAACAGCAAAAAUUGUCUGCCCAACAGCCUCGCAUUCAGGCUCAACCACAUGGGUUGCCUUACCAACAAGCUCAAAUGCAAGCACAACUUCAGUGUCAGCUCCCAACAUAUGUCCAAACCCAGGUCCGCCCGCCUCAACAAUUGCAACAAGCUUCUCAAGGAUCUCUGUAUGCAGUUGGAAUGACAGGUCAACAACCGAUUCAGGGGAUUCAGGCUGCUCAGGAGUGGAUGUGGAAAAACAAGCCUGCAGGAGCUUGAAUUUUGCGUCUGAAUGAUGCACUUAGCUGGAAGCAAAUGCCACAAUGUUGUAUUGUGCAGCCUGAUUUCAAGUGAGAUGUAGCAUUACUUUGUGAAUAUCUUUUGGUAGAGGAACUUACAGUAUUGAGUACACUUCCCAAGGAGUCUGAUGCUCCCAUGCCAAUCCAUCCGCAGCUUUAAAAUGCUACAAAAGCGUUCUAGAUUUCUUAGAAAUAUUCAUUGUGUGCUUCAGGCUUUCAGAAAUUUCUUGAUACUAGCCCCCACUGCAUCGUAUUAUAUCAGAGCCCACAGUCAGGGUUCAAAGAUGUUUGUAGUCUAGAAAUAACCCCGUCUCCAGUAGCCUUGACCAAAGAGAAUAAAUCAUUCAAGCAAAUAGUUUGUUGUGUAUGAGAUGGCUGCAUUGCAUUAUUAUCUGCUGGGGGUUACAAUUAAGUUGCUUGAGGUAGCUAUGCAGUGAUCUUGACUUAUCUCAAACUCCAUUGCAUGCUUUAUGUCUUAAACCUGGCUUUGGUGGGUUGACAUGUAUAAUGAGAGAGAGACUUUUUUCAGGUGACGUCUUUCCGUUCUA